AUGGCGCCGCAGAUCCCGGACGAAACGCUGUCCAAAGUGCUCGAAAAAAUCCAACUGCAGGUCUACCAGACAAACCAGCAGCUGGCCGCGCUCAAGGCGCAGAUCGCUGCUCGCGAAAGGGAGGCCAAACUCAACACGCUGACGUUGAGCGAGCUGCAGGCGAUCCAAGACCCGCAGGCACCGUUCUACAAGUCGGUUGGUAAGAUGUUCAUCCAAGAAUCACAACCAGCAGUCCUCUCGGAACUCACAGCCAAACAGAACGCCAUCACCACCGACAUCGAGGCCCUCAACAAGAAGCAAAAAUACCUCACAAAACAAGGCCAGGACGCACAGGCACACCUCAAGGACAUCUUCAGCAGCGUCAACCGCCAGCAGCAACAGCAAGCCUGA